AUGAGUCAUACGUGUGCCUUGGUACGGCGUGUCCCGUACACGGCCUUGCCCAGUGAUGUGCGGCGUGUGGCCGGUGCGCCAGUGCGCAUAGACUUUGUGCGUACGCACGCCAUGGUCCCUAGCGAGAUGGUCAUGGUGGAGUAUGCAACUGAGGCAGAAGCCCGCGCCCUACAGAGGCAGCGCCCAUGCAUAGGCGGGGAGGCGCUGCAAGUAGAAUGCUUGAGUGCGGCACAGCGGCAAGCAUUCUUUCAGCGGCACUACGCACACUGGCCCUCCGAAUGGCUCGCCGCGCUGGACAUUGGCGCAUCGUAUCCGAUGCAGUCGGUUGUAUUGCGCCAUCUCCCGUUUGAUACCACGGCUGAGAAGCUGGAAAAGAAGCUGCAGCGCCACUAUGCUCUAGGCCUCCAGAUACCCCCUCGCAUCGACUGGCACAUGUCGCAGCUUGUGCGUCCUACGACGCCGCCCCUUGCGUCGUCGUUCACUGUGCUCAAGCUGCCGCCGUUGCACACAGAGAGCACGUCCGCAUGGUUUCUCGUAUGCCUAUCCAAGGUUUCGGAUGCCAUGCGACUCGUUCGUUCGUGGCACCGCACGCGCUUUCUGCCGAAAAAGUUUACCGUGGAACGGACGGGCGACCGCUACGUGGUGGAUGCAGGCGUGUUGUAUUAG